AUGGGCUCCAUCAUUUCCAAAGUCAAAAAAUCUAAAAAGGGUGCAAGGGAAGCUCCACCCGCUAAACAAGCCCCUGCUUCCCCAGGCCCAUCUACACCAGACUCGACCCAGCCGCAGCAAGAAACCAAAACUCUCUCCAAAGACGGCCGAUACGUUCUUCCCUCCCCAAAGAUCUUCACCUUCACAAGCAAGCUCCACCACGACACCUACCCCGAAAUUGACCCCAUCACCCAAUCCGACUGCACCGGCAAAGCCGUCCUCGUCACCGGCUCCAACCGCGGCAUCGGCCGCGCCAUCCUCCUCAGCUACGCCAAAGCCGGCGCCACCCACCUCGCCCUCUGCUCACGCGACCCCUCCGCCAGCGCCCACGUCGCCGCCGAGAUCCGCGCCGCCGCCGCCGCAGCGGGCCGCACCGUCGUCCCCGAAGUCCUCGAGCUGCGCCUCGACGUGACGGACCAGGCGCAGGUCGAUGCGGCGGCGAAGGAGGUCGAGGAGAAGUGGGGCCGGUUGGACGUGUUGGUGAAUAACGCCGGGUUCAUGGCCGAGGACUGUUUCGAGCCCCUGGGGGUGGCGAGGAGGGAGGAUUGGGAGUAUACCAUCGAGGUGAGCGUCAUCGGGGCGGCGAAGAUUACGAGGGCGUUGUUGCCGGUCAUGUUGAAGGGUGGGGAUAAGACGGUGGUGAAUAUUUCGAGUAUUGGGGCGUUGUACCCCGAUGGGGGAGCGGAGGCGUAUGGGAUUUCGAAGAUGAUUUUGUGUAGGGCGGCGGAGUUUCUUUCGGUUGGGUAUGCGAAGGAGGACUUCCUUGCGUUCUCAGUCCAUCCAGGAGGUAUUGACACUCCCCUCGCAAGAAACAUGCCCGAGGACUUCCACCAAUACCUCUGCGACAAGGAAGAACUCCCCAGCGACUCCAUCGUCUACCUCACCAGCAAGCGACCCACCUGGCUCGCCGGCCGCUUCAUCAACGCCAAUUGGGACAUGCCCGAGCUGUUGGCCAAGGAGAAGGAGAUUGUCGAGGGCGAUCUGCUCAAGUUUAAGUGCCUUGGCUUGUUCUGA